UCUUCACCCGACUGGCGGGGCGCUGCCCCCGACGUCCGCCCGGAGCCCCCCGCAGCAGCGCCCCCUGCGGCCCCCCCAUCCUCCUCAUCCUCCGCACUCAGCCCUGCACCCCCAAACUUCGGGGAGGGCUCCAGGGGGGCGGCAGCACCUUCAGCCCCACCCCUGGCAACGACAUCGGCCACCACGUCGGAGGGGCCUGAGCCCAAGGAAGGGCCGGUGGUCAAGAAGGUGAAGGUCCGCCCCCCUCCGCUGAAGAAGACCUUUGACUCGGUGGACAAGGUCCUCUCGGAGGUGGACUUUGAGGAGCGUUUUGCGGAGCUGCCCGAGUUCAAGCCGGAAGAGGUGCUGCCCUCCCCGACCCUGCAGUCUCUGGCCACCUCCCCCCGCGCCAUCCUGGGCAGUUACCGCAAGAAGCGCAAGAACUCCACAGACCUGGACUCCUCCACCGAAGACCCCAUUUCCCCCAAGAGGAAGAUGCGGCGGCGCUCCAGCUGCAGCUCGGAGCCCAACACGCCCAAGAGCGCCAAGUGCGAGGGAGACAUCUUCACCUUCGACAAGACAGGGACCGACGGGGAGGACGUCCUCGGGGAGCUGGAGUACGAGAAGGUGCCCUACUCCUCUCUGCGGCGCACGCUUGACCAGCGGAGAGCCCUCGUCAUGCAGCUCUUCCAGGACCACGGCUUCUUCCCGUCAGCCCAGGCCACAGCCGCCUUCCAGGCCCGCUACUCGGACAUCUUCCCCACCAAGGUCUGCCUCCAGCUCAAGAUCCGGGAAGUGCGCCAGAAGAUCAUGCAGGCGGCCACCCCCACCGAGACGGUGCCCCCCACCACCCCGGAGCCCAUCGGGGCCCCCGAAGGACCCCCUCUGGACACCCCCUCCCAGGAACCGGGGACCUCAGCAGUGGAGACCAUGGCGGUGGCGGUGCUGGUAGCGGCAUCAUCCUCAUCCUCGGGGGGCCCUUCCGCGGCCCCUGGCUCCAGCUGGGAAGGGGCCCCACAGGCCUCCCCCGGGCCCGGAAGUAGCGGCAGAUGAGCGACAGGACUGCACAGAGGACAGGCAGAGGGGGAGGGGCUGCGAGGGUCCCGGAGCUCCACCCCCAUUUCUGCCCCUUCCCAGCUGUGCUACAGAGGGCCCAGCACACCCUCCCGCGGACCUCCCCCCAACACCCAAGGACCCCAAGAGGCGGCGGCGGUUGAAAUGGGGGCCAGCCACCCCAGGACAUGCAG